AUGAUGAUUUUUAUACUGAAGAUGUUGAAUACACAGAUGAUGAUUGGCAAUGGGAAGAAAGACUUCGCCUCAUAAACGAAUUUUCAAACUGGACUAGUGGUGAUGAUGGAUUAGAUAGGUUUAUUCAACAAACUCAAUUAGAAACGCCGUGA